CGUGCCCUUGCCUUGUAGCCACGGCUGUGUGGAGGUGAUGUUUGAGCCCGCAAUACCGGCCUGCAGCAGAUGGCGGCUGCUGCAGCAGCCGGCGCGUCGUCCAAGAAGCGCAAGCGCGGCGGCGGCGCAUCUGAUGAGCCUCUCACAUCGAUUCUCGAGGGCGUGAGGACCGGCCUGGCGUCUGCGGAUCAGCACGUUGCAAUGGAGGCACGCGACACAUCAUCGCUACUGGGAUGCCUGCAGCAUCUGCAGUCACUGAAGGAGGCCUCAUCGAGGAAGGUCGAGCAGCUGGCCCACCAUUCUGCAGAAUGGCGGCAAGCUCAGCGAUGAAGUCGAUGCGGACGCCCCUGCCAUCCAGCUCAACGUCGGCGGGCAGGUCAUCGCCAUCUCCCCUCGGGCCCUGCUCCACCCCUUCAUGCGCACCACCUACAUCUCCACCCUCCUGCUGCAGUUCGGCUCCCGGCUGCCCACUGCUGACCAGGACAACAGGCCCUACCUCGAGGCCUCACCCGACUACAUGGGAUGGCUGCCCGACGAGCUGGCCCGGCAGCUCAGCCGUGCAGCGGGUCAGCAUCAUGCAGCGCACACAUGCCCUUCUCGGUCCCAGCAACCUGGCCCAGCGCUUCUCACCGUGAGCAAACACACGCACACGCACACGCACACGGGAAGCCGUGUGACCAACACCCACUUACACUUGUGUGUUCCUUGUAGGCAGCAUCCUUUGGGCAGUACCGUCCUGCAAAUAUCAGCUGCACACUUCUCCAAGAUAGUCGGUGAGGGCACCCACAUCCGCCUGUCCACACAUGGCACACACACUCAGUUGACGCACCGAACUGUCUGUCUGUGUUGGUGCUCAUGUAGACUACGCCCGUCGCACCGUCACGAUGCCCAGCUGGAUUACGGUGCAUCGGCCGGUGGUCGAGGCGAGCGAGAGGGCGGCAUUCGAGCAGGCCCUCAAGACCUACAGCACGGAGAAGACAGGGUGGGUCAGCGGACUUCAGCGGCGGACGCUGUUGAACCCACCCUGCUGUGUGUUGUGUUGUGUUAUGUUUGGACAGGCGCACCUUUCAGAUGUUUGUAAGGGACCUGUGCAACGGCGGGGGCGGGACACACACCUUCGAGGUUGAGGCCUGCACGACGGUGCGGGAGUUCAAGACAAUGAUCAAGGACAGACUGAGCACCGAUGAGCGGGAGCAGCGCUUCAUCUACGGCGGCAAGCAUCUGGAAGACGGAGGCACGAUGGCCGAUUACAACAUCCAGGAGCUGAGCACCGUGACCUUGAUGCUGAAGCUCUCAGGCGCUCAUGAGGUCAAACAAGAGAGACUAGAGGAGGAGGGGCAGGUGUUGGGGGAAUACAGCUAGCUCGACAGGAG